AAUCUGAAUCACUGGUCCACAAAACCUAAAGCUUCAGCACACCUUUUGAAACGGUCACAAAUUAGAGACGACCGAAACUCUUCGGAGGUAUUUUCACCUGCAGGUAGAUCUAAGAACAUCACGAUGAACAAACUUCUGUGGAGCUGUGCCGCGCUGUUGACUCUGUUUGUUACAGUUGAGUCCCUCUCCUGUUACACCUGUGAUGUGGCGAUCCUCGGCUCCUGCCUCCGUGCAGCACCUAUAAAUUGCACUAGAGAUCAGACCAGAUGUUUCACUGCAGUUGCUAAGUUUAGCGCCGACCUUUUGGAUAUCCAUCAACGAGGCUGUACAAAAGAAGAUGCAUGCAGAAAUGAGACUGGGGCCAUCCUGAAUGUUAACUACACCAUCACCAGGACCUGCUGCAGCACCAACCUGUGCAACGGAGCUGCCUCCAUCCAGCUACCUAUGACCGCGGCUCUGUGCGCUGCUCUGGUGGCAGUUUUGAGCCAAUGGGCCCUUUAAAGAGGAGGAGAUGGGACAACAAAUUGUUCCUUUAAGUUUCCAAUUUCGAAAACACAUAACUUUUUUUUCUGAGGUCACAGUCUCUCUACAUUUCCUGUUUGAACAAUUUUUGGCUCUAUAUUCUACACCAGGACUGAAUGCCUCUGUUUAAGCAACUUAAAACCAAUAGUGAUUGUUAAAAAAAUAAAUUAUUUCCUAGUGAAAUUGUAUUUCCAGUUUUCCCAGAGUGUUUAUUUGGAACACAGCCUCCACAUGAUCGGUAUGAUACGAUAUGCUAACAUAACUGUUGUCUCGGAGACAAGGUUUGGAUAAUGCAAACGACGAACAAACAAAACAGUGUUAAAGUAGUAGUUUUCACAUUUUUGUUGUGGGCAAGAUGAGAAGAUAAAUAUCACUCCCAUGUCGGUAUCUUAAUUACAGCAUAGCAGUUUUACUUAUAGCAGUCUGUUAGCUUAGCACAAAACAGCUAUUGUGGCUCUGUCUGAAGAGGAUAGAUCCCGCCUUCCAGCACCUCUUAUCAUCUAAACUAAUAUUAUAUCUUUGUUUAAUCUGUAAACAAGAUGAGAGGCUGUGGGUUCAUGGAAGUCACAUAUCUCUUUGAGCUGUAAGUCUCAUCAUCACUGUGAGAUUGGUAUGAAACCAUAAAAUAAUUUGCAACAGAACCGCUCAUAAAAAUCACAAUAUAUUGUUUAUACUCUUUGGCUUUUGUACAGAUUAAACAAAUUAAUGUUUCCCACUAUUUCCAGUCUUUGAGCAAAAUUAAGCUAACCAUUUUAGCUCAUGUAACUCAUGGCAAAUAAGAAACGAAUGAACUCCAAAUAUUAUAAACUGCUUUUAUUUGGGUAUGUAUGUUAUAAAGAAACAUGCAAAACAUUUAGCACCUGUGGGUAAAUUUAAAGCUGUGACAAAUAAAGGAAUAGUUUGACAUUUGGGGAAAUAUGCUAGUUUGCUUUCUUGCUGAGUGCUAGCUGAGGAGAUUGAUGCCACUCUCUUCUCUGUAUCAUAAACAUGUAGCUACAGCCUGCAGCCGGUUAGCUUAGCCGCAAAUUGUUUUCUUUUUUCUCUCUCUAGUUAAGUACAUGUUAAACAAGUGAGAUUUAAAAUGUUAAUUAGCGAGCUUUAGAGCUGCUGACAGAAGGAUUGUUUUUUUUUUUUUUUUUUAGAUAGAAGCAGGGUAGCUAUUUCCUCGAGUUUCCAGCUUUAGCUAAGUGAAGCUAACCUCUUUACAGAUGUGUACUUCUUAAACAGCUGUUUUCAGUGGAUUUGGGAGUUGAUUUUUUCUUUACAGACUUAUGAACCACUGUGAGUAAAUUUAAUGCUGUUGCAACUUUAGCCCUUGUUUUUUGACUAAUACCAAACAAACUUAAAAACCAUAAUGUACUGCAGGUUGAUUCAAAGAUGCAAAUAAUGUUUUGAGCUCACAGCUUCUCUUCAGUUUCUAUUUCUAUUCUAUUCUACACUUGAAAAUUGACUUUUGAGGUUAUUUUGUCUCACGUACAGUGCCAAUGGUAAAGUCUGAGUGUCCAUGAUCUAUGUGGAAAUUGUCAAAAGUAAAAAAAAAAAUAGAAAAAAAAAGAUGGCAAAGAGUAAAGGGAGUGUCUCUUCACAGAGAUUCCUAUUAUUGAGGACAUUUCCCAUUAUUGACUGAAACUUGGUAGCUUUGUCCUCUUUUGUAAUGAAAUGCUUUUGAAAGUGAAGGUUCAAACAAACACAAACACACACAUAUUCAACUACGCACACACACAAACACAGUAAAGAGAUGACCGUCCAUUAUCUCUUUUUCUCUUUGUUUGGCUUUUCAAAGCUGUCUGAGUUUGACAAGUGAAAAUGAAAGGCAUUCAUCUUUUUUACUCAUUGUUGAUGACCAAUCUGAGAUCCUCAUCGCAACCAGGUGACCAAGGCUGAUAAAGCUCCCAUUUCAGACACUGACCUGGACAGUUGGAUCGUUGCUCGUCUCUUUGACCACCGCUGUUACAUUUGGAUCUUCUUAUUUGUGCUGAAACUCUCUUUAUAAAACAAACAUUUGUGUAAGAGCAAAAUGAAGAAAUUGCUAUUUGUCUGUGCAGCCUUUAUGGCAAUGGUUGUUACAGGUAGGGGCACGCUAUAUCUCACUAUAUCUUCAGUUUUGAAAAAAAACAAAAUUCGUCUUCACAUGUCUUUACUUGAACUAGAGCUGCAAAGAUUAAUUAAUUAAAAUGUAUUGGCAACUAUUUGGACAAUCGAUUCAGAUCGGUUGUGUCACUUUUCAAUCAAAAAUUCAAAAUAUUUACUGAUUGUAGCUUCCAGGCUGUAACACCAAGGUCUUGUCCUUGGUAAUGUCUUUCUGAAAAUUUGGGGGUUUUAUGACUUUUUGGCAGUUUACUUGUAAAGGAUUCAGUAUUUCUCCGCCAGAAUACAACGAAUGAGUGACAGUGGAAAGAAAUCUGUAAAACAAUUUACUUUUGACAAGCUGUAUUAAAAUUAUAUGGUAUAAAUUGA